AUGCCGGUGCUCGCAGUGCUGCUGCUGCUAGCAUUCACAGCAGCCGUCCGGCUCCAUGCCGCCGCACCGCCCGCUUCCGUUGUGGCGGUUGCUAAUCGGGACGCGGAGGGCGCCAUCGUACUGGACGCGGACGAGGCGCACAAUUUCCAGCCAAGCGCCGCCGCAUGCCGUGACAGCUGCCUCAACACCACCGGUUGCAAUGUGUGGGUGUGGUGUGGCGCCGUGAGUGGCUGCUCAUCAGGUGUCUCCUACACCCCUCGCGACCUCAGCAAGUACCAACAGUGCUGGCUCAAGUACGACACGCCGCCAAAACAAGGUGCAUCCACCCGUGGCAUGUUUCUCCGGUUUAAGAAUGCCCCUGACCAGCCAUCUGGCUGGAUGAGCGGCACCACGGUCACAAACUUCACCGACAGUGCGCCCUUCCCCGAGGAAAACUUUGCAUGCGAGUGCCUCGCCAAAUACCAGUACCUUGACUACAGGUUCGAGGGCAUGUGCGCCAAUCUUCAGGGUGGCGGUCCUGUAUGCGUGGGGAGCUCCAAUUGCAGUGCGGAUCUAAUUGGCACGUUUAAUUCUUGCCCGCUCGUUCCGUCCUGUACUGUGCUUCUGGACACCGACCUAAACGCCACGAAGAUCAUUACCCCCGGAGAUUAUAACACCGCCGACUCGGCAGAGGACUGCUGCUACCAAUGUGCCAGCACCCAGGGCUGCAACUUAUGGACCUGGUGCGCUGAUCCAACGGCUUGUAACGGCGAGCGGUACCGCUUCCGCCAGUGCUGGCUCAAGCAAGCCGACCCCAAGAACCCGCAGCCCAAGAAGGGAUACGGCGGCAGUCCCGGAUGGAUUAGCGGCGUGCGGCUGACCUGGAUGCCGAUGUGA